AUGACGAUUUCAAGAGAAAGGCGCGCGCGGCUUCUAGCACUGGAACAAGCACAUGACGGAAGCGAUGUGGCUGAGCCGGAGACUCCUCCCAUAUCUUACUUCCCAUUUCAUGAACUUCCUUUAGAAAUUCAGGUGAAGAUAUUUAGGCAACUAUUUGUCAAGGGUACUCUUAUCCACUGCCUCUCUCGAUUGGAUCCUUCAAACCCACCCGUUAGCUUCCCCGACGAGGAUGUCGAAGGCGAAAGCCAACUACCAACCAGAUUCCAUUUUGGCAGGUCGCCGUGUCAAAUUAUUCUAGCUCACAAACCAAAUGACGUACUCAAACCUUUACUAGUCUGCAGACGCUGGUACUUUAUCGGCGUUCAUGCUUUCUACGGAGCGAAUACCUUUGCGUUUAGCUCGCUCGGUGAAUGGCAUCGAUUUUGCAAUGGUAUCGGCCCUGCGCGUGUUCAACGGUUGGUGAACGUCGAACUAAUGUGGCAUGGAGCUUUGAUGCCUAGACACGAGACUCGAAUCUCGCAACGUACACUCGGUCUCAAGUGGUUCACCAAAACGAGGCGCCUUCGCACACUUGUUGUUCACAUAGCAGAAUGUGAAAAAAGUCGGACAAGACGGAAGUAUGAGAUACAGAAGAAUCGUCAGCAAGUCGGCAACGGUAGAGGUCGACUUAUCGAGGACCAAUCCGAUGGAUAUCAAUCAGAUGGGGACGAGUCUGACGGCAGCCAAUCUGAUGGGAGUCAAGAUUCGGACAAAGAAUUUGAUCCUUUCGAAACUAUGGUUCGUCGUACUCUUAGACACCCGAAUUACCGGAAGUUUCGAUCAAUGCGGACAGUUCAAGGGAUCGAUUAUCUCUACCAACUACGAGCUAUGGAUUGGAUCCGCUUCAAAGAGAGUAACGGCCUUGAUCACCGCCAAUCGAUUCGGGAUUGGUCGUUUCUAAAAGACCUAAACACUGUUGUAACUUUGCCGAAGCAAGAUGACCUUGCCCUCAAGAGCCACCUAGAGAAUCUAACACCGCUAACGUGUUUAGAAGAUUUUAUCCCGUCAGAAGAAGAUAUGCUUAUUGUUAAGACGUUUUACGACGAGACUCACAUCUUAGGUCCGGUAGGUGGUUCCGAAACGACCGGAUCAGACAACGGCGCAUUUAGCGAUACUGCUUCAUGGGAUGGCACCAGUAUCAGCGACUCGGAUGAUAAUGAUGAUUCUCAAGACAGGCAUGCCCCUAAUCUCCGAAACACCCCUAACUCUCCAGUUCCAAGAAUCAUAGAUUUGGAUUCUAAUCCUAAUAGCGAUACUGAACCUGAUAGCGACAAUGACGAUGAUGACGCCGGUGGCUCUGGUGUACCGGACGUAUCACAAAAUGCCACCACUAUCUCAUUAGUUGGGGCUUCCCAACAGCACAAUAACCAGAUACAAGGCGACGAGAAUAGGAAUGAAGGAGACAGAAUAAAUAUUGAUGAUGAUGACCGCAGUUCCAGCGCCCUAUUUGUCCCCUCCGGCUCAGGCUCGGGUAGUCCUCCACCCGACCCAAUGGACAUUGACGAUCCUCCCGAGCAGGUAAAUCAUGAGGUGAUAGACUUGACUGGAGACCAGACUGAUGAAGAGUCACUUUUUGUUCGUUCCGAGCCAGAUGAUAAGUCCAUAAAAGCAGAGCCCGACGAUGUCGACUUUGAUAACUUAUAUCCUCGUGAAGAAACCCCUCCGGGUAGCGACGACGAGUCUGAUAUCUACCCAUAUCCCGUCCUUAGAGGUGCUUCUAACGUCAAUUCUUCAUCCAGACAAUCGAGCGAACGCGAAGCCAACUCCAAUAACGAGGGACAAGCGGCAAAACGUCGUAGAUUGGAGUGA